GCUUAGCCUCCCAAGGUGCUGGGAUUACAGGAGGAUUAGAAGAAGGAAUCAUAUGUGGCUCACGUGUUUAUGUUCUGACUUCACAUGAGUUGUGGUAUCUUGGUGUAUCUGAUGGAGGAAAGCAGCAGAGGCUGAAGACUGAGAAAGGAUUGCAGUUUGAGUCUGAAGGCAGUCAGCUGGAAGACCAGGAAGAGCCGCUGUUGCGAUGAAGUCUGAAGGGAGUCUGCUGGGGAAUUCCGUUUUUCCCAGGAAGAUAAAAAUGAAUCCCGUUUCCCAUCCAGUACUGAAGUGCUAAAGUGAGAAGAUAUUUGCUAAGUCAGAUCACCUCGGGUGUGUUGAAGAGAGUAUGCACAUCUUAUCUUCUGAACAUUUUGAUGGAAUUAACCACAAACUUUGUGCAAGAAUAGAAAAAGGAAAGAUACUGUUCAAGUCAAAUACAUCAUAAUGCAGAAUUCGUUAUCAGUACCACCAAAAGAUGAAGGUGAAUCAAACAUCCCUUCUGGAACAAUACAGAGUAAGAAAGGUUUGCAGAAUAAGAGUCAGUUUAGGACCAUUGCACCCAAAAUUGUGCCCAAAGUCCUGACGUCCAGGAUGGUGCCAUGUCACUCUCCAUCACUCUCGGAUCAGGUGAAUCUGGGACCCUCCUUCAACUCCAAGCCGCUGGGGAUGUCUCCCCAGAACUAUGCUCUGAUGCAGGUUGCUGGCCAGGAGGGGACCUUUUCUCUUGUUGCUCUGCCACAUGUUGCCUCAGCCCAGCCAGUUCAGAAACCCAAAAUGUCCCUACCUGAAAACGUGAAACUUCCUAUUCCUCGAUGUCAACCCCCGAGAAAUAGCAAAGGAUCGAGAAAGAAACCCCUCCUGAUCUUUCCUAAGAGUGCCUCUGGCAAAGCUCCUGCCCAAACCCAAAUGUGUCCUCAGACGUCCCCGUCCCCACCUCACCACCCUGAACUCCUAUGCAAACCCAGUCCAUUCGAGGAAGUGUCAUCACUAGAGCAAGCCCCAGCCAGCAUUGGCACAGCUGCGCUGACCAAUGGAAGUGACCAUGGGGACUUGAGACCACCAGUGACUAACACCCAUGGCAGUCCGACCCCUCCUGCCACUCCAGCGUCAUCCAUACCAGAGGAGCCUGCCAAGCAGGACCUCACAAAUCUUUCGGGGAAAGCAUACUUUGUAAGCAAGAAGACAUCUAGUAAACCUUCUGCUGUUGCCAGUGAAAAACUUAAACAACAAGUUGAUCUUACAGAAACCAUGACCAGCUUAUCAGCAACCAUUCUUGGCAAUGCAGUUCAGUUUAUCUCUUCAGUCCCCAGAGGGAAACUGCCAAUCCCACCCUACUCAAGAAUGAAGACAGCGGAGGUUUACGAAACCAAAUCAGAUACUAACAUCGCAGGUUACUCUUUACCAGGACCUGAGGCAGACUGUGAUAAGAUACCCUCCACCGCAGACGGCUUUAAUGCAGCCAGCAAAGUGGCAAGCAAGACGCCUGUUCCACAAGUGUCACAGCACAGUCCCUGUGAAAGUGCCUUCUGUCCAGCCACCAAAUUUGAUCUUGGCCACAACACGAAACUGAACAGUGGAGCAGCAAAGAGAAAAGGAAGAAAACGGAAGGUCCCAGAUGAAAUUUUGGCAUUUCCAGGAAGAAGGAGGAAAUGUCUCAUUAAUAAAUGUAGAGAUGGUAAAGAAAGAGUAAAAACUGAUCCCCAAGAAUGCAGAGACCAAAAGCCAGGGGCCAUGAAGAAGUAUCGUAGCAUUAUGCCCAAACCUAUCAUGGCCAUAUCCACCUUGGCUCCCCUGGCUUCUUCAACUACAUUGCAAUCCCAGAUGCUUGGGGGCCUAGGACAGGACGUUUUGUUAAAUAAUUCACUCACUCUGAAAUACCUUGGCUGUAAGCAGGACAACAGCCCUUCCCCUAAGCCCAGCUCUGUGUUCAGAAAUGGAUUCUCUGGCAUUAAGAAGCCUUGGCACAGAUGUCACGUCUGUAACCACCACUUUCAGUUCAAACAGCACCUUCGAGACCACAUGAAUACACACACCAACAGACGGCCUUACAGCUGUCGGAUUUGUCGCAAGUCCUACGUACGUCCUGGCAGCCUGAGCACACACAUGAAACUUCAUCAUGGUGAGAACCGUCUGAAGAAACUCAUGUGUUGUGAGUUUUGUGCAAAAGUGUUUGGUCACGUCCGAGUCUAUUUUGGCCAUCUGAAAGAAGUGCAUAGAGUUGUGAUCAGUACUGAGCCCGCAGCCAGUGAACUGCAGCCCGGAGACGUACCAAAGAACAGAGACCCGAGCGUGCGAGGCGCGGAGGGAUCGUCGGAGACGGAAAACAAGUCCAACCUGGAAGAAGACUUCCUUCUAAACCAGGCAGACGAAGUCAAAUUACAAUUCAAAUGUGGCCGUUGUCAAAUUACUGCUCAGUCUUUUGCGGAAAUAAAGUUCCAUUUGCUCUAUGUUCAUGGAGAGGAAAUUCAGGGCAGGCUGCAAGAGGGGACCUUCCCAGGAAGCAGUGGGACUCAGGAAGAGCUGGUGCAGCACGCUAGUCCCAACUGGAAACGGCAUCCUGAGAGAGGGAAGCCGGAGAAGCCUCAUUCCUCCAAAGAGGAGUCACACGCAUGCCCGAGACUGAAAAGGCAGCUCCACCUUCAUCCUCAGAAUGGCAUGGAAAUGCUCAUGGAAAAGGAAGGACCCCAGUCAGGAGCCAACAAGCCGAGGGAAACCCGCCAGGGCCCUGAGCGUCCCGGCCUCCGCAAGGUCCUCUUGUGGUCCCAUUCAGGCUUUAACUGCCUCCUUUGUGCAGAGGUGCUGGGGCGGAAGGAGGACCUCCUUCUCCACUGGGAGCACCAGCAUAACUGUGAGGACCCUUCCAAACUGUGGGCUCUUUUCAAUACGGUCUCCAACCAGGGAGUGAUUGAGCUUUCCAGUGAAGCUGAGAAAUGAAACCCCCAGGCAGGCCGGGGUUAAGGAGAGAGCUCUGCCGCCACCCUCCCUCAGAGCUUCAUGCUUUAUGGUGGUGCUUCAUCACAAAGAUCAAACAACACGGGGUCAGCGUGAGUGAACAGAAGUGAUUUUUGUACGUGGUUUUAUUGUCUUAGGAAAUAAAAUACAUGUUCUCAAAGCAUUUUUUCUAA